AUGAACAGUUUGGAUGAGGUUCCUUUUAAGGUCCCGCUGGGACCCCUGGAUGAACCCCUUGAGAUAUUCCUUGUUUCUGCCCCAGAGCUCACGAUUCCUGACCACCUCCAGAUAAUCCAAGAGACUGAAUACAAGUUUGGCUUGGAGAACUGGGUCCUGACAGGGUUUCAAGGGGGGGAAUCGAGCCAAUUAGCCCCCACAAGCAUGGCUGGCAAACCCAGGCCAUCUUGCCCUCCUUACUGGCUGAUGUUCAGCAGCCCCCAGGAAAGCCGCCUGGCGAGUCGACGGAGCAGUGAUCUGUGGCAGCCCCCACCCCGCCGAAGGAGCCACAGUCUGAGUGCAGCUGAUGGUCGCUACCUACACCCCCGAGUCAAGUUCCUCAUUUCCAACCAGGAGGGUGAGGGUGGGUAUAGUGAGGACAAUGACAGCUCCUCCUCAGAGGUAGAGGAGGAGUCGGAGCGUGGCCCUGUGCUAAAACACAAGAGCCGUGGCCUGAAGGAGCUCCGGCGCAGCUCCACCCCUAACCUCUCACGCAUGGCAUCCCCAUGUCGUGCCAGUCGCCAAAAGAAAGCCUCACCAUUGACCUUCCAGGACUUCAAGCAGUCAUCGCUCUCCAAACUAGAGCGGCCAAGGGUGGGCAGCCCCCCAGUCACAAGCCAGAGACAUUCAAAGAGGAAGCUGCAUCCGCUGAGCCAAAUCAGCAGGAGGCACUCCCUCACACCACAGCCCCCAUGCUCCUCGCCCGCCAGUCGGCCACCACCCAGGCCCUCAACCGCAGAACACAUCCCCUCUAUCAAGACCCGCAAGCCUACACUGCCGUCCCUGAGCCCUUACUCCCGCUUGCCCCCACCUCCCUUAGUGACCCCGCCGCCAGGUUCCCACGCAGCAAGUCCGGACUCAUCGAUGGAGCUGCUGUCUGCGCUCAGCGAGGAUGAGAGAGAUCUGCUGCAGGCCAUCACAGAGCAGGGCUACCCGCUGCGUACGGCUAUCGUGGCCUUGCAGAAGACUGGCCGUCAAACCCUGGAGCAGAUUCUGAGCUACCUGCUGACCGUUGACCGGUUGUGCAGACUUGGGUACGAUGAGACCCAGGUAGAAGAGGCCCUUGAGAUGUUCCAGAACUGUGAGACGAAGGCUGCCGAGUUUCUGCGCCUCCUCACUCAGUUCAAUGAGAUGGGAUUCCAGCAGAGUGCCAUCAAGGAGGUGCUGCUGGUCCACGAGAAUCAUAGGGAGAGGGCUCUGGAGGAGCUCAUGACCCGUGUGGCCUGA